AUUUGGGUAAAAAGGCCCCCAAUGGGAGCAGCUGUGGAUUUUCCUCCUGCCACGUUCCAUUGUGCUUCAUCUGCAAGUUUGUGGGAAUUUCAACAGUUUAAUGAAGCUAGUAGAAGUAAUGGAAAAGGAGGCAAGCCACCUGGAAAAAGAGCACGUUCACAAUGUGUAUGAGAAGAUUGCACCGUACUUCAAUGACAAACGGUACAAAGCCUGGCCAAGAGUACAAGCGUUCCUGUUGGCACAGGAGCCGGGAAGUCUGAUUGCUGACAUAGGUUGUGGCAAUGGAAAAUACCUACAUAUUAACAGUCAAGCGUUUAAAGUGGGCUGUGAUUAUUCCUUCUCCUUGGCUGAGGCUGCAAGGAAUCGAGGCUAUGAAGUGUUAGUGUGUGAUGGACUGAAGCUCCCGUACCGUGAUGGCUGCUUUGAUGCUGUUUUAUCUAUAGCCGUGAUACACCAUUUUUCAACCAAAGAGCGUCGCAUUCGAGCCCUUAAAGAGAUGGCUAGAAUACUGAAAGUUGGUGGGCAGAUGAUGAUUUACGUAUGGGCAAUGGAGCAGAAAAGAAGAAAAUUUGAGAAGCAAGAUUUACUUAUACCAUGGAAUAUGGAGACAAGUAUACAAAAUAUAUCCGAUAAACUGCACAGUUCUAUGGAUCCAAGCUUUAAAAACCUCCCACUCAACGGGCCCUUCAUCAGGAGCAAUACCACCAUAAAACCAAAAACUAAAAGUUCCUUAUUUGUUGGCGAAACGCAGUCGCUUCAGAAUGGACUUUAUUCAUCGAGGUUCUUAGCACGAUCUCUAGAAUCAGGACUGGAUAGGAAAUUGAAGUGUGUAGACAGUGACCGUAAGCAUCCAAGUAUCAUUCACCGACUGUAUGAUUACUGCAUUGAGAUUAAAAACCUCACAAACACAUAUCAGUCCAAGCCGUCAUAUUUGUUAGAGAGCUUAGGGGACUUCUUACCAUCACACAUGCAGAACUUUGAGCAUAAUAAAAAUAAGGGCACUGAAUUACUCUUAUUCUCACUCACUAAUAUGCAUUUUCGGAAGUCUUCAAAUGCAGAACCUGGCAAAGAAAUAAUAGAAAGCCUCAAUAAAGUUCCUUUACCAGAUUUGGGUUCUAUUGGCAAUGAAUUAGUGGAUAUUAAACAUUUUACUUCAAAAUAUGCAGAUACUCCUGAAAGUAGUGAAAACAAUAAAGAUGAGUCUAGUCUCAUUUCUGACUGUGAUGAGAAAGUUUCACAAUGCCAUCAGGCCCUACCAGACGAAUAUAAUGGCUGGCUGCGCUACUACCACAUUUUUAAGCAGGGUGAACUAAGCGACCUCAUAGAGCAACACGUUCCUGAGCUCCAUGUUGUACGGACAUUCUUUGAUCACUCCAAUUGGUGUGUUAUUGCAGAAAAGACUCAACUAUGGAAUAUUUAAUCUGUUCUACAACAACCGAAGCUAUGUAUGAGCAACUUAAUAUGUAUUGUAUCAUAUAUAUAUAUAUAUAUAUAUAUAUAUAUAUAUAUAUAUAUACACACAACAUAUUUUUCACUGUUCAUUUUUUCUGUACUAUUUUUAUAUUGUGUGGCUACAGUGCUAGUUUUUAAUACAGUGUUUUAUUUUGUUUUUUAUAUACUAAAAUUUUUCUUUAAAUAAAUAUCUGUAUCAGACUCCGUUGCUAGAAAAGGUUAAUAACUAUGUUUCAUCUGACCCAGAAGCGUAUUUCUGUCCAACACAUCUACCACUAGCUAUGCAAUUAUGCUGUGGAACAGGUUUUAAGAGUAUUUUAAGUGUUAUUGUAUUUUUUAUUUAUUUUAUGUAAUGGUCACAAAUUGGUUGAAGGAGAUCUUGCACAUAAUUAAAACAAUACA